AUGAAAAGGCUUCUACUCCACACUGCCAGCCGAAGACCUUUGACCCUCCCAGUACUGUCAGUGCCAUCUUGUGUCCUUGAACAAAAAAUCUCAACCGUUGUCACUGGAUGUAGAAGUGUUGGAGGUCGAAAAUCAUCCUUGCAUUCAUCCUCCCAACUCUUAGGUCGACGCUCUCCGCAACAAAUUGACAAAAUCAACACAUCAUCCAGCGUGGAAGACGCUGCGGCAGCGGAAGCACUUCGCGAAAGUAUGAUUCGUGCACCAUUCCAACGUGCUGCAGGUAGCAAGACACUCUUUCCAUGGAGGAGUACGAACGAAAUCAUGGGUCGUCUCAUUCCUGGAUCGGAAGAGUUUCGACGAAACGGAUAUCUAUUGGGCGGCAAUGUCAUUUCUAGCAAUCCCACCUUUGAUGCGUAUGCAACGGCUUACUUAUUUAUGGGUGUCCCGCUGAGUGAAAUGAUGUUCUUUUCACAGUGGCAAGACGACACGGCAGAAAACAUGGCCUGGGCCUUCUCUCAGGCAAUGAGCGGAAUCCUAUCCAACGCGUAUGGCCAAUCCUUUGAAACGAUUUCCAAGGAACGUAAGCUAGGUUUUGAUAGCGCUGCCAAUCCGACUGAUACGGAUACUGCCACUGAUGCUGAAGCUCCAUCGGCAGGUUUGUCGAAUGAUUUUUUGGAGCCAAUGGUGGAAAAGAAACUGCUGUCAUUAUUCCACGAUGCCCAGGAAUAUGGCAAGGACCAACUACAGGUCCGAUUGGAAUUCAAACCCAAGAAUGCGCACAUGGUGAAUCUUUUUGUCUUUCCUUUCUUGUCACGGAAUCUCUUGAAAAUCCAACCUGAAAUCAAGGACAUGUAUACCCAAUUAUUGGAAUUCAUGGGAACCAAUCCACGAGAUGCCAUGCCGAUUUACAAUGAAUUCGUGGCUGAUUUUGGUGAUCGGGGAUGGACUGAAAAUACUGUGAUUGCACAAGUUUUGGUACCUUGUGAGGAAGUCUUUUGGGUCAAAGAUUUGGCAACUGGAGCCAUCAUUCAGGGUGUGCAGGAUUCCACGCCGCGGACAGUGAACCAUUUGGUGCGAAUGGAAAUGGUCGUCCGGUCAAGGCCAACAGAGGGAUUCUUUCCGUUUGAACAUGAACAGGGUAAUUGGCAAAUGACGGAUAUCGAUGACUUGUUGAAGGGUAAUCUAUUAAUCUAA